AGACCCUCUUUACAACAUCUUUCUUUUCUCUCUCUUCCAGUCACAUUCCUUCACUAUAUAUAUUGCCAUUCUCAUCUCUUUUUUUUCAUUUUUUAUUGCAACUUCUACUUCUUCCCUCUGGGCAAUUUUUUCCUUCCCUUUUGAAAGAAAGUGACUCUGAAGAUUUUUCACAUUAGCCUCUCUCUCUCUUUCUCUCUCUCUCCAUAUUAUUGAUUCUCUGGCCUCAUAUCCCAUAUUUCUUGCUGUCUCUGAUCCUAAAUCAAGUUUACCACAGAUCUCUGACCACCUUUGUUUCUCCCAUAACUACCUCUGCCAUAGAUUUACAACUCACUUCUGCCAAAUUUCCAGAGAAGAAGAACAUUCCACCUCUGAUCUUAUAAUUUUCGUAGAAUCCCAUCAAUCAUCCUUGGAACUUGGAAAAAGCUGCUGCUUCUUUGUCCAGUCUGUCCUCAAAGUUCACAAAUUUCUAUCCACCCCCUUAAUUUCUAUCCACCCCCUUUUCGGCUUCCAGUUCCAGGUCCUGAUGUUUGAGUCUUUUACACCUGCUGAUACUUAAUUUCUUCAAGCGACAUGCCAUCAUGCUGUUGAACUAUUCGAACUUUUGUAAGUAUUCUUACUAAUAAUCCCCAUCUCCCUCUAGUUUCUACCCUUUUUCAUCGUCUUUCCUCAGUGGGGAUCGGAGAUUGGUAUUGAUAUGUGCUCAGAAACAAGUCCUCCUAGACUAUCUUUCUCCCAUGAUCUUGACCAAGCAGAAGUUGUGCCAAUAGAACACACCGUGAAUCGAAGAGACUCGUCCCUUUUGGACCCAGAUUCUGAAUUUGAGUUCAGCAUUAGCUGCAGCUUUGAGCAUGAAUCUUGUUCAGCAGACGAGAUUUUCUCCAAUGGGGUUCUUCUUCCAUUCCAAGUUAAAGACAAGGUUCUUGUUUCCCCAAAAGAAAUCCGUACUAGUUCAUGUGAACCUCGGCCUAGUGCUCGACUUCCUCCUCUUCCUUGUGAGAACUCAUCAAAGAAACAAAGUGUGAAAGAAUUGUUGCUUGGAAACUCAGAUAAUUUAGAGAAAAAGCAAGCACUCAAGUCUUUCUGGGGCUUCAGGAGAAGCACUAGUCUCAACUCUGACUGCAAGAGAAGCAUGUUAUUCUCUUUACCACUUUUGUCAAGAAGCAAUUCAAUAGGUUCAGUCUCAAAUCCAAAGAGAACAACAUCAAAGGAUGUUCACAAGCACAACUCACAGAAACAAGGGUCUAUUUCCAUGCCAAGGUUUUCAUCUUCUUCACCUGCUUCUGCAAUAUUGCAGCAGAAGCCUCCACUGAAGAAGAAUUAUGGUGGAUCUUUUAAUGGUACUGCUCGGAUCAGUCCUGUAUUGAAUAUUGUACCACCUUCUUACAUCUCUAAAAGAACUGAAAAUCUCUUUGGUUUGGGUUCUUUUUUACGUGACAGGAAAGAUAAAAGGAGCAAGAAGUGAUUUUCAUCGACCAAAUUAUUACAUCUCCAUUUUUGUAGAAGAUAUUAUGGAUUUGUGCUCUUUGCUUAUCUCUGUCAUGCCCAAGAACAUGGAAACUUGUAAAGGACAAAGU